GCUAAGAGACGGUGGGGCCCCCACGCCUUUUUAAUCCAUGGGUCCAAGGCUUGCGCUUUGAUCCGGCCAGGUGGGGCGGGGGAGUGGCGGCGCGUUUUGCGCCUCUAUUUAUUUAUUUAUGGUUCAUUUUUAAAUAUACACACAUAUACAUAUAUAAAGAUGUACACGUUUGUGGCACGGGAUGAGAACAGCAGCGUCUACGCGGAAGUCUCCAAAAUCCUGCUUUCCACCGGACAAUGGAAGAGGCUGAAAAGGGACAACCCCAGGUUUAACCUCAUGCUGGGGGAAAGGAACAGGCUGCCGUUUGGGAGACUGGGUCACGAACCUGGACUUGUGCAGCUGGUGAACUAUUAUAGAGGAGCUGAUAAGCUUUGCCGCAAAGCUUCUUUAGUGAAACUAAUCAAGACAAGCCCUGAACUAGCAGAAUCUUGCACAUGGUUCCCGGAGUCGUAUGUGAUUUACCCAACUAAUCUCAAGACUCCAGUGGCACCAGCACAGAAUGGGACCCAUCAUUUGAUAAACAACCCAAGAACGGAUGAAAGGGAAGUUUUCCUGGCAUCCUAUCAGAAGAGGAAAGAAAGCGGAGAGGGAAGUGUGUGGAUAGCCAAAUCUUCGGCAGGGGCCAAAGGUGAAGGAAUUCUUAUUUCUUCGGAGGCUACAGAACUUCUGGACUUCAUAGAUAAUCAAGGGCAAGUGCAUGUGAUUCAGAAAUACCUUGAGAAGCCUAUGCUUUUAGAACCAGGUCAUCGCAAAUUUGAUAUUAGAAGCUGGGUGCUAGUGGAUCACCAGUAUAAUAUCUACCUCUACAGAGAAGGCGUUCUACGGACCUCUUCAGAACCUUACAAUAGUGCUAAUUUCCUAGACAAAACCUGCCAUUUGACCAAUCACUGCAUACAGAAGGAAUAUUCAAAGAACUAUGGGAGAUAUGAAGAAGGGAAUGAGAUGUUUUUUGAGGAGUUUAAUCAGUAUCUGAUGAGCGCUUUGAACAUUACUCUGGAAAACACAAUCUUAUUGCAAGUCAAAAAUAUAAUAAGAAGCUGCCUUAUGUGUAUAGAACCCGCUAUCAGCACCAAACACCUUCAUUACCAGAGUUUCCAGCUCUUUGGCUUCGAUUUCAUGGUGGAUGAAGACUUGAAGGUCUGGCUGAUCGAAGUGAAUGGUGCCCCUGCGUGUGCCCAGAAACUUUACGCAGAGCUAUGCCAAGGUAUAGUGGAUGUAGCCAUCUCUAGUGUCUUUCCUCUUAGUGACACUCCACAGAAGCAGAGCCAGGAACCAAUAUUUAUUAAGUUGUGAUGAUGAUCACAUUUUAAAAAAAAAACCGUCCACCCAAAACACAUGGGAGAACUACAGCCUACGGAUUUUGGGGGGAAAACAGGAAGUUUGGAUCGAUCAUUUCACCUGCUCACCAGGCAGAAAGGAUACAGAGCGAUGUCUCGGAAAUUUAGAAGGGAAGCCAAGUUUCCAAGAAAAGUCCAAAAUGAACCAAAGCUGUCUCAUCAACGCUGUGUGUGUGUGUGUGUGUUUUGGAACACCUUUGCUUUUGAAAGGAUUCUUGCAAUGGAAGGAAAUUCUGUAGGAGAGCAGCGCAACAGUUCUGAUUUAACGUGAGCAAAAAACAGGGACAUUUUGUUUUUCGCACCCCUCCAAUGUAAUAAAUUAUUUUAGCAAAGCAUUCUUCCAGGGAUUCCAUGGCUUGGAGGUUUUGUCAACUUGACGUACUGUUAUGUGGGUAUUGUUUUGUUCUGUUUUGUUUCCUUCCUUCACCUGCUGCAGUUCUAGUGCCUUAGCUUUGUUCCCAAUAAGUAACUUAUUUUAUUCUUACUUUGUUCUGUAGCUUUUCUUUUUUUAAAAGCUGUGGGGUAUAAACUGUUCCUUUAAAAACUGUUAUAUAUA